GAAGGAUGAGGUAAGUGGAAGUGGCAGUGGAUGCAGUGCGGUUAGCUUGAGAGCGGUGUAGUAUCGUAAGGCAAUGCGUUCUGGUAGUUUGUGUGUGAAUGACGAACAAUUUGAGUCAUCCUACGUAUCGUUUUCCCGGAAAGCAUUCUUUGCCUAUAGUUUAUUAUUAUCUGGUACUUUAUCUUAUCUUAUGAUAAUGUGGGUGUCGAUUCAGUGUAAUUGAGAGUGCGCUGGUGCGGAGUGAUACAGUGUGGCUGUGCGCGCGCGCGCGGAGGCUAGGAAAUAGUUCUAGCAGGGGCGAUGCCUUUUUUGCUCGCUGCAUUCUCUCUCAUACGCGGCAAGAACGAACUUGUGUUUGAGAGCGAAGUGGUUGUGUUGGCUAGUAGAGGACUGCUCGCUCUGCGGUAAGCUCUGUGUUUCAGUGUUGUUUGGAAACGUGGCGUGACAGUUCUCCAGAAAAUAAGAAAUACAUUGAACUCGUAGGAAAGAAAUAAGACUUUUGUUGAAGGUGCUUAAUCCUUUUGAUUGCCCCCGUAGUGCAGAAACUGAAACUUGCCUGGGUGUGCGAAGUGUUGGGAAUUAAUAAGAGGGGGGAGAUAGAAAAUAAGGUAAUUGACAACUGACACUAAGUAAUCCUCGCGGUUGUAUUUUUCUCAGAAGUGUAGAGAAGACGGGAGGUGGAAUUUGUUUCAGCGGGGGAAAAUAAAACGAAAUUUAUCGUAGUGUAGUAUACAGGAAAGGACACGGAAUAAACACCGGUCUUGGAAAAAUGGGAAAGUUCAGCAGAGGCGCUGUGCAGCUGACAUGUUUGUUCGCGCUGAUAACAGAAAUGGUACUGGGGACACCUGAACUCAGGAUCCUGCCAUCACAGCCGACACUGAACCGGCCCAUCAGUCAGAGCAUGUUGCUCUCCUGUCGAGUUGAUGUUGAGAAUAAGAUAUUGGUCACCAAUCUACAGUGGUAUGACCCCACUGGUAGGGUCAUUGGGGAUAACACUGACAGUUACAGUCUAGAAACAGGAAUGCACAUAGAGCGUAUGCCUGAUGGCUUGUUCCUCAUAUUUCCUAUGCUACAGGAGAGGCAUGCAGGAAACUAUACUUGCACUGCAAAGUACACUAACACAGAGGAGCUGUCUAAGACUGUGAAUAUCAAAACAUUUGUUGCCAUAACAUGGGAAGAUGCCCCAGAAGAGCAGUACCCUAUUCUCAUGUCAGAUUACAAGGUACGGUGUAAGGUGACAGCAAAACCAGCUCCUCUGGUAGACUGGCUGCAAAAUGGUGACCCAAUAAAGGUUGGCGGCCGUUACAUUAUUGAAACAGAUGGUUUACUCAUUCAGAAUGUAACUGAAGCUGAUGAUGGCAUGUACACAUGUCGUGCUAUUGUAAUCGACACUGGUGAACUUUCAGAGAGAAAUAUUCGUGUUGAGGUCCACAUACCACCAAAAUUUGAAAAAAUGGAAUCAUCAGUGACAAUGGUAGAAUCUGAAACUGCGUCAGUGACGUGUAGAGCACAUGGGAAACCUCCACCAACAUUUAUGUGGAUCAAAUCAUCUACCCAGCAAGAUUUAACAACUGCUGAUCGUUUCUCUGUGGAUAGACUCACAGGCGUGCUCACAAUCAGGGAUGUUUCCAAGGAUGAUGACGGAGGGUAUAAGUGUGUUGCUACAAAUGCUGCAGGAAAAAUUGAGCACGCUUUGAAGAUAAAUGUUACUCUGAAGCCUCGUAUUGUCGCAUAUAAGAAUAUCUCCAUCCCGACUAACAAACAGGCAAGACUUUCCUGUAGUGCCUCAGGCAGACCUAUGCCCACUGUUACCUUUAGAAAGUUGACGUCAUCUGACAGAUUUGUGCUUGGAGUUCAGAAAGAUGAUCGCAUUGUUGUGGAGAAUACUUUAGAUAUUGAGAGAGGAGAAACAGUUGGUUCCCUUAUAAUUUCAAACAUUCUUCGUACUGAUGAUGGCCUGUAUGAAUGCAUUGCAAUAAAUGAGGGAGGUGUGGCAUUCAAGAAUGGUCAUCUGACAGUGGAAUUUAAGCCUUCUUUUGCAAGUACACCAAUGCAUGAAGCAUGGAGUUGGCACAACAACCCUGUGAACGUCACGUGUUUGGCAGAAUCAAUACCUAAUGCAACUAUUACAUGGCGUCUUAACAAUAUUGAAAUUAAUGAGAAGUUUGUUGAUAUGAAUGUUCGGAAAUUUGGUGAAGGACCAUGGAGUUCACUGCAGAUAACACCACUUGACAGGAAAUACUAUGGUCGCUACACCUGUAAGGCAGUAAAUCAGCAUGGGUCAGCUGAACAUGUGAUUGUUUUGAAGGAGGCUAAACGUCCCUCAGAGAUCUUGCAGGCCAAGCUAGAUGUGAUCACUGCAACCACAAUAACUUUCUCUUUCAUUGGACCAGCUGACAAUGGUAGUCUUCCCACACGAAACUAUGGUGUUCUGUACAAGGAAGCCAGACAGGAUUGGAGAGAUGCAAAAAACAAAACAUGGCCAAUUGAUUCUCCUUACAUCCUGGAAGGGUUGGAGCCACAGACAACAUACAACUUCAAGUUUGCUGCUCAGAAUGAUGUUGGGUUUGGGGAUUGGGCGGCCCAAGAACAUCUCACCAUGCCUAAGAGAUCCUCCCCAGAAGAGCCUCGUAUUCUGACAAACACUAAAGAAGAGGGUGUUGUCAUGUCACCAUACUCAAGUCGCUAUGAGCUUACGUGGAAAAUUCCUGCUCACAAUGGUGAACCCAUUGAUCAAUAUACCAUCAAGUUCUGUCGAGUCAAACGGGUAGAUGGAAUGUGGACAGAGAUGGGUUAUCCAUGUGAUUCAAAGGACAUCUCAUCUACAGAGAACACAAUGUAUGUGCUGAAGAAUCUCGUUCCUGAUGCAUACUACAAGAUAGAGCUUCGAGCACACAAUAAAAUUGGUUUCAGUUUGCCCGGGGAGGUUAUCAUCAAGACUGCCAGGGAUCACAGCAAUACAGGUACUUAUUACGACGGGAACACGUCCAGAGCAGGGACUACCAAAGUGUUAUCCUUGUAUCUCUUCUUAAUAGCUGUGAGCCUGGCAUUGCCACAGCAUUCUUGCCUAAGUGCCACCCACUAAGAUAGGGAGUAUCUUUAGGCUGCAAUUAGAUUAUCAAAUCGUACCUUCCCUUGUUAAACUUUCCCUAACUAGUGGUGCAAUGUCACCAGUUCUCACAGUGUGAAUGGAGCUGCAUGAAGAUGCUACGAGAACAGCUCCUUGUAAUACAGUUCAUUGGUUGUUGGGAAUGUGUGUAUAAAAAUAAUUGAUAGAUCUGCAUAGGGCAAUACAAAUGUAGCUAAGGGCAGAAGUGGCAAGUGUUGGAAAUGUACUUGUAUCCCUGUUAGCUAUCGUCAAUGGUGCCAUCUCUCAUGUUCCCUUUGGAUGAAAUAUUUCUCUUGCAGAUAAAGCUUGCAAUAUAAUAUGAAUUGUAAUAAUAGUUGUGGCAUUUGAUGAUUGUCAGUCUUUGAAAAUUCACAGGAAACGAGUUUUGGAAUUGGGUUUGUGUCCAAGAAACAUUUUUUCUCAUGUGGAAGUUACAGAUGUAUCCUAUGUAAAUGUUGAGACAAGGCCGUAUCUGUCUCUGGGAGUUAUGCACAAGAACUAUUAUAUCCUCUUACAUGUAAACAUUUGUCAUUAUUUUGUACUCUUGCUGGUGUUUGAACUAGUUUUCUUGGGUUGUAAGUGCCAUGAAAUGGUGUGCCUCCCCACAAAUCAUCCUAUGCCUUAUUCCAUUCCUUCAUUUCUGAACAUGACUACUGCAUUAUAAUAUUUAUACAAAGACUGCUAUGAAACCAGCAACUAUUUGUUAGUUGGUUAAAGCACAACAUGCAUUGCACUAGCACUAUAUUUCCAUAGCAAUUGCUUGAAAGAGGACCAGCACAAGAUACAUUAAAAAGUUGUACAAGACUGGCUUUGAAAAUUCAACCUGUAUAAGUGAAAGAGGGAACCAGUUCAAGAGAAUGUGGAGUUGUGUGUAUCCAGGCAGACUUCAUAAUUUUUUUAUUAUCUCUGAAAGCUACAAGUACUUUUUGAAACUAUAUAAAUUUUGAUCUUAGGAGCUCCCUGUAACUGAUAAAUCAAUGUAAAUUAAAAGCUGUAUGUUAUAAUAAUUAUAUUACCAAAAUUAAUGGCCUAAGAAGUAAAGAUUUAGGAGAGAAUCUCUAGUCUUUAGCUAGCAGGAGAAAUAUUUUAGACAAAGUGAGACCAGUGUGUUACACAGUUUAUAAGACACAGGGAACCAGUGGUAUCUAGUGAUCAUCACUGGCUUUGUCAUAAAGACGGUCAAUUGUCAUGUUUUUAUUGGGCAAUAUGAAGGUGAUUGUGGAAGAGAAGUUACAUACAAAGAAAAGUGAUAUUUUUCUCAAUACAGAUAUACAUUUAGAAAGGUUUUACAAUGGCUGGAACCAUAAGUAUAUAUGGUACAAGAAGAGAAAUAGUGUUCAGUGUGUUUCAUGAGGUGUAAUUGUGAAUAUGACAGGACCAAGUGAAUGCUUAAUGGUGCUGAAACACUCUAUAAUGUUGUGUUCAGUUGGUGAUUGUGUAUGGCAGUUCCUGAUAAGGAGGGCGUAUUGUCAGUGUAUUUCAGAAUUCUCCAAACUCAUGGGUUAUGAUCGUAUGGUUUUUGUCUUUAAAAUGUCUGAUCUAAUUAAAGUUUGUAAAAGUUCAUUACUUUUCUUAUGAAGCUUCACUGGGACAUAACAAGAGCCAAUCACAAUGCAGGAUGGGGACAGCCUUUAGCCAAAGCCACCAGUUGCAACUUCACAGCAAUAUGAGACAUUUGUAUCACAAAGAGUUCAAUGCUAACAUAUUUUACAAUUUAGCUGUUGGUAAUCUGUCCUGAACCACCUCACUCAGCUAUAAGAUGUAUUUGGCAACUCCUGUUAGCUUGGCUCCGUACUGUUUGAUCCGGCUGAAACCAGCCAAGAAGCACACUAAUACAGUUGGCCACCCCACACUUCCACCCUGUUGCGUAUUGUUCUUCUGAUUGGAUUUUACCAAAGCUUCAUGAGAACAGGAAUCUGUAGCAACUAUUUAUGCAUAUACUGUUAAGAAUGUAUAACUUUCUACAAUUCAGAUGUAAAAAUCACAUUUUUGGCAAUGUUUUAUUAACAUUCUGCAUUUGAAACUUGUUUCUAAAGUUCUUAUGUUCAUAUUACCGUGAUCCCACCGGUUUGGUACAAUUAAUAAUUACUGGCAAGGCAGACUGACUGGACAAGCAGCAAACAAGUGGCAUGCUACAUCAAAUUAAAAAGGUGUUUUAUAGUGUGUAUGUGGCAGUAAGCUUAAUUUUAAUUGUAUUGUAAUUUAGUUCACACAAUGCCUUUUAUGUUUUGUUUUUCCUUUUUAUUUCCUGUCAGGAAUCUAAUGCCGUGGGCCUCUGGUUAAUUGCAUGUGGUUCAAGAAUGAGAGUGUACAGGGGUGUUAUGCUUUGACAGCAGUGGCCAUGUGAAAUGGGGUGUGGACAGUUGUUCAUAUGCACACACUAGGCAGUUUUUUGGUGUAGAGUCAAAUACAGUAUUAUCAGUAUUUUUCAUAUGAAAACAGUGUUAUUGCGAUUUUAACUCUUCUUUUAUUCCAUGUAAGAAAAUAUAGUUAAUAUAUACAAAAUGGUUUCAUCGGUUGCUAGAAAACUUUCUGACAUCUUGAUAUAAUUCUAGCAGUUAUUUUGCUGGUUCUUAUAGUUUCUGACAAUUGAAAAUUGAUCACUUGAAAGAAACAUCUUCCAUAAACUAAAGGAAACGUUUUUAUUAUUAAUCUCCUUUGUAAUCUUAUCUGAUUGUUUAAACAGUAGUUGGUGUCAUAUGAAAAUGGAUUAGUUGAGUGAAUAGUCAGUAAAUUGGUCAUCAUACUGAAUGCUGAGUCUUACAAGUCAUUCUUUUAAAUGUCUGAACGAAUCAUGCUAUAAAAAUACAAUUCUUUUAACAUAUAGGCACAUUCCAUUGCAGAUUAAGAUUGCAGUAAUUAUAUUUCUUGUUCUUAAAGGUUUUUGAGUUCUGGAAUUAAUUUUUGAGUCUUACAGAUGAAAUAAAAAGAAUGUUUUGAGUGUUGUAGUUGUUUUUUAGCCUAAGUUAACCUUCCUAACACACUUUCAUUUAGGAUAUGUGGUAUGCAAUUUUAGGGUCUGCCACACAAAGGGGAGACUGAUUGCUGAAUACAGUGGCCAAUCCAAUAAAUGAUCAACUAUAGCAAAGUUGACAAGGAAAUUAAAAAGAAAAACAAGACAGUAAUAAUCAUGUGCUGCUUUACUGUUUACUGUUAUUUACUCUAUAUGUGAUCACAGUUUUAAUUAAAGUUACGAAAAAAGAAUUCCACAUUGUAACUACAGGUAGCCCUCGAUUUACGCCGGGGAUGUGUUCCUGGAUGAACCGGCGUAAUCGAAAUCAGCGUAAAUUGAACCUCUUUCUUUAAUAAUGUAAAUCAAUGGGAAGUCAAUGACGUGCGUUCCCAGCACCCAAAAAUUGACGAGUAAUAUAAUGGCAUUACAUUUAAAGCUCUGAAAUAACGUAAAUAAAAUAAAGGGAAUUUAAAAAAUAUAUUUUAUACACUUACAGUCGGCAAUUUGUUGGUCCCCACGAUUGUCUGUGAUUCUUUCAUGUGAUUGAUGUGUACAGUAAUGAUACUUUAAUCCCAUGUGAUAUCAACACAGUCAAGAAGACAUGCUAUAUGCAGUUUUAUUUCCAAUUCUGAAUAUGCAGAUUUCUGUAGAUUCUGUAGUUUUCUGGUUUUGUAUUAGAACAGUUGUGGAUAUGUUGCGUGCACUUCAAAAUGCACAUCAUUCAGAAUAAUUUAGUUGGCACAUCCAAACUCCAUAUCAAAACCUGGCCACAGUUGUGAAUGCAUUUAGAAUCAUAUUAAAACAACUCUCCAUAUGCAUUUGUGCAAUAGUCUUGUUACUGAUAUUAGCAGAUACUGAUAAUUAAUGUUUGUACAGUAUUUAUAAUGCAUAUAGAUAUUUGUUGUAGGUUAGGUAUUGUCUUUUGUGUUCAGUAAAUCUUUACAAUAGUUUAAAUUCUAAAUCAAUAAAGAAAAGGUAUGAGAGAUAGGAAGCAUGGCCAUUGUGAGAUAUGCGUACAGCCAAUUUUAGGUACGAUUUGAGGUUCUCAUGAGAGAGAGCAUGAAGAUGGCUGUCUUUUCGGUUGUAGCAUUGUGUAAUGUGGUAGAAGUUUACCAGUAUUUCAGACGCAAACUUCUACCACACUACACAGUGCUACAACCUACAGGACAGUCAUCUUCAGCCCAUGUUUUUUUUUAACAUGAUUCCAGUAUAGUAAAUUGCUUCCCUUGUUGAUUAAGAAAUUAAAAGCAGGUAGAUAAUGUUACCUGCAAAUUUCAUUGCCUUUUAUACACAAUAUCAGUAUAAGAAGAUUGUACCAUUCCAAAUAUAUGUGAGGAUCUUUUCUUUACUUAACUGAUGUUAGAUAAAAUACUUGUCACUUUUUUGUAUUUUCUAUUGUUUCUAUAAAAAUAUUUUAAAAUACUA